UUUAACGCGCCCUGCAGGCUCUGCCCGCUGCGGGGAGAGGGCGGGGGCCAGGUGCAAUCUCUUGACCUGCUGCUGUAUUUGGGUUUGUCUUUUUUUGUUCUUGUUGUUAAUGACAGCAAAGGCGUGACCUGGCCGUGACCCUAAACACCCGCCGGGAGCUCUGACAGCCGGGGGGGGGCCCCCCGGCCAGGGCACAAGUGCGGGCAGAGCGCACGGGGCCGGCUCCGGGCGCAGACAGGAGCCCGAGAGGGGAGAAGCGCAGGGAGCCCAGGGCCUGGGACCGGGAGCCGGAGCCGCCCGCCCGGGCUGGGACCCAGAAGCGCCCCGCGCCGCCGGGACACCCCCGGCCCCCUCCCCUCCUCCAGCGCCGUGCGCCGGCGCCAUGGAAGGCGCGGGGUCCGGAGCGCUGGGCCCCCCGCCGGCGGGAGCCGGGCAGGGCGCGGGGGAGGCCGCCCCGCAGAAGCCCCCUUACUCGUACGUGGCGCUGAUCGCCAUGGCCAUCCGGGAGAGCCCGGGGCAGCGGCUGCCGCUGAGCGGCAUCUACCAGUCCAUCGCCGGGCGCUUCCCCUACUACCGGCUGGGCCAGAAGGGCUGGCAGAACAGCAUCCGCCACAACCUCAGCCUCAACGCCUGCUUCCUCAAGCUGCCCCGGCCGCGGGGCGCCGAGCGCAAGGGCAGCGACUGGACCCUGGACCCGGCUUUCCACGACAUGUUCCAGCCGGGCAACUACCGGCGCCGGCGGCGGGCGCAGAGACCCCAGCGGGCCGCCCCGGCUGGGCCCGGCCCGGCCCCCGCCGGCCCGGAGCCGCCCGCCUACCUGCCCCGCCAGAGCCCCCCGGCCGCCUACCUGCUGGGCGGCGCCUGGGCGUCCCUGGGGCAAGCCCCGCCGGGCUGCCCGCUCAGCAGCGGCCGCCCCGCCCCGUGCCCGGCGCCCCUGGGCGGCUACGGCCCCUGCCCGCGGCUGCUGCUGCCCGGGGCGGUGGCGCAUCCGCCGCUGAGCCCUGCCGCAGGGGGGUCCGGCUGCCCGUACCAGCAGCCCCCGGAGCUGCCCUUCAUGCGGUACUGGGGGGAGCAGGAGAGACCCUACGGCGCCUUGCCCGCCGGCAUAGACCUUUGACUCCUUGGCCAUCGGACGGGAGAGGGCCCUGGGUGCUGCGCCCGGACCCUGAGAGGUGCCUCGGCCUUUCCCUCUCCCCGGGUGAUCGGCAUCGGAGCCCAAACAACCCCGUGUUCUCCGCUUCUCCCCGCUUCUACUCUGAGCGUUGCGGGGAGCGCCGGGCUGCGCUUGGUUUGAUCACGGGGACCCCUCCCGUGUUAACGCAGCAACGGGCAGGCGAGGUUCGAUGCGCGCUGCCUCUGAAGAGGAGUCGUUGAAAGGCUUUUGGGGAGCCUCGCUGAAAGAAGGGGGUGCAAAUUCGGUUGAAAGGGGAACCACCGUUCUGAGAAGAGGAGCCACAUCGGAAUGGACUUUGGAAGUGAGCCUGUACUUCCCUUGCUUUGAAAAGGGGAGGAACUGGGACAGUACCACAUUAUAAAUGCAAACACAAGCAUUAACUUUGAAGUCCGAAUGAAUACAGUGAGUUGUGCGUUUCACUAGCAAUAUCAGGGCUCCGGAAAUUCACCCUGCAGCUCUAAUUCUCUCCAAACUGAUUCUUCUCCGGGCAGAGGAUCCUAGAGGACGUUAUUUGUUCUGCAAAACUAGACCCUAAUAUUUUAGAAAUUCCCUGUUUGCAAAGUAUUUUAAAUAACCCUUGAAUUUGGGGUCAAAACUUUCUUGAUCCAAGGAAAGAAUGAAGAGUUUCAGGCUAGUUUCCUGUUACACAGUUAUUGUAGAAGUGGUAUAAUGUGUUGUUUAAGUCAGAAUAGUGUUAACAUUUUCAGAGACUUUUAUUCGUGAAAGCCGCUUUAAAAUACGCAGUUACUGAAGAAGCAUCAAGGACAAUAUAUUUGAAAACGGUGGUUGGUACAUCUGUUAGGAAUUAAAAACCUGUCUAUAUUUUUUUGGAUUAUUGAAGGGGUUUAAAGUAUGCUGCCUUGUUUCAUUCUUUCCGGUGGCUCCUAAGAAACGUGAAUUCUCCACUGCAUAACCAUUGUUUCUUUUAUUGUGUUAAAUUCAUUGGUACUAGUGAAACUGGAAAUGCCUGACCUUGGGCUGUUAUCUGUAAGCAAGAGAAGUUGAUGAACUGAUAUAUUUCAGUUUUGUUAAGUCUGAGAAAUUGUUUUGGGGACUGAAAGUAAUGUGCUAUCAUUUUUAAAAGUGAAAUGUAGUUACUUUCUGGAAAAUACUUUUUGCAAAUGUCCUUCAAAACUCGAUUUCUGAACUUUUUUUUUUAAAGCAUUACGUAAAGGAAUAACUUUAUUUUUAAAAAAGAUGCUAAAUACCAAAGACUUUUGGGAUAAAUGUUGUAAUCCUUACUUUUUUAUAUUUAAAGAGAAACUAUUUUGGUUGAAGUGAAGUCAGAGGCAUUUUAUAUACUGUUCCUUGUUAGUAUAAUUAUUGUGAACAGGGUUAUAAUGGCAAUGCAGCGGUCCUUUUGUUGUUUGAAUUUCAGGAGUGGCUUCAGCUCUUUUCUUGUCAAAAAAGAUUCUAAAUGCAAAUAGUAUUUCUAGUCGAAAUUGUGAUUUGUUAUAGAAGUGAAUGGUUGAGAUACUAUCAAUAUGCAUAGUAGCAUUUUUUGGUGUGUUACAUUUUGAGACUUGUUUCAAUAAAUAUUUGUUACUUUAUAAAAAA